UUUCAACUUUCAAGAAUCAAGAUACUCUGUUGAAUGCUUCACCGAAAGAAAGUUAUACAAGUUGAAAUGGUUAACGCACAAUUAAAUAAAGCGGGAAUUCUCCGCGUCUGUUUCUAAAAGCUUCCUUCACACACUACACACAGGGAGCUCGCAGAACUUCACCGUCCGAAAAUGGAAACGCCGAAGCACACAUGCCUGAAACUGGAAAUACGGGUGGACGGCAGAAAAACCGAACCCGUAUUCGUGAAGGGAACCUGGCACCGGACCCGCUUCGACCUUUCCAUAACCGACGGACUCCAGGCAUGGACUUGCCACGCUACUGAGGAGGAGGUCAAAGAGAGGGCUUCAAACUGGGACCAAACUGUGGCGGAUUACAUUGAUUUGGCCGAGAGGUAUCUCGGAGUUCAACAACACGGGUCGGUUUACGGGUUUGCGGAUGCUGGAAACGGAUGCAAACGGUUAUCAUGGACAUUUGAGAAGGAGGGUACAAAACUGGAAUGGCGGUGGAAAUGCCAACCUUCAUCUGAUAGCAAGAAAACCACAGCAGAGGUCUUGGACUUUCUCAUGGAUGCCAACAUAAGACUGAGUGAGGAAGUUGUCUGGAAAACACAAUCAUUUGACAGGCUCAAACUAGAAGCUGAAAAAUGUUUAGAACAAAGUGAGAAACUCAGCAGUGAGAAGGCAGAAUUUGAAUCUGAAAUCUAUGGGAAGUUUGUUAACGUGUUGAACUCCAAGAAAGCAAAACUGAGAGAUCUCCGAGAUCGACUCUCCAAACAAGCACCCCACCAGUUGCCAGAAGAGGAGGAAGAAGAGUCUACCGACAGGACCGAGAGCUUCGAUGAAGAAAGUGAUGAAGAGGCAGAAAAGAAUAGUGGUGCUUCCUCUAAAGAUGUCCCUGGUAGCAGUAAGCCUCGUGGUAGAAAACGGAAAUAAGCUAGUAUUACAGGUUUCCCGUUUUUGUUCCUGUCAC